AUGGUAGACCACAAAGACUCGGAGCAGGGAGCUGCGCCCAACCCGGCGAGCCUCUUCACCCUCGAACAAGUUUCGGUUGUCAUGCAAACGUCUGUGACGCACCAAGGAUCAGCUAACCCUACCAGUAACGAGCCUUUGGCUGGCGAGAGUCAUGCCGGGCUAGCCGAACCGGCUCCAGCGGCCGUGAAUGACCGUCGAUCACGUUUGCGGUCGAGCGUCGUCGUCGUGGUGCCUGAUGAUUCUGACGACGACGAAGCCUAUGAGGUUGAGGAUCGAGGUGUCGGGACCACUCCUGAUGACGACGAAGAGUAUGAGGUUGCAGAUCGAGGCGUCGGGACCACUCGUCCGUCAACCCCCGUUGAGGUCUCCUGCGAGGGGGUAGAAGCAGUCGCUCCUGUGGCGCCAGAGGAGCGUGGCCCCACGCUGUUCGAUCGUCUCCCUCAAGAUGUCCGAGAUGCCCUGGCUGUGUACAUCAAUCCUAACCCAUGCGUCUACUACGCUGUCACGCGGGGCAGGUCGAUUGGAAUAUUCAAUCAUUGGCUUGCGGUGUCCCCCCUUGUUGUAGAGGUACCGGGUUCCAAGUACAAGCGCUGCGAUACGUUUGAACUUGCCCUGGACACGUUCCUGGAUGCUGUUGAGGCACGCGACCUUGCCAUUGUACCCGUACCUUAA